GAACGCCUCCUCUGUGAAGUGCGUGUGUACACAAACUCAUUCGACCGUGCACUCCUUGUAAAACAAAGCGAUUUAAAAAAGUGUAAAGUAUAUAAACCUUCGUGCACUGUGUUCGUAACACAUUUUAGUUUUGGGAACAGAAAAAUGGAUUGAGAUCAGAUGUUUAAUCGAUGAGAAAAUUAGCAUAACGUUCGACCAGUUUAGCCUACUUCCAUCCUUUCCAACGACCCGCGACUCCAUGGACUUCCUCUCACUAGCAUGUUUGGUGGUGAAAAAAACAUUCUUAACAGAUGCUUCAGAUUUCUGGCCGUUGUGAGGUGUCUGGGUUACCCCUUCAGUCUGUGGUGCUUAUGGUAGUUUCAGCAUCCAGGGAGGCGGGGCAAGGAAUGGAACAGCGGAAGAUUCAAAAUGGACAUGGCGGCGGAAAAAGAACCCAACGAAAACAAAAGUGUAGUGAACUCUCAGGACCCUGCACCCCAGCCGGUCAUCUUCAACCCAGAGUUCUUUGUGGAGCGUCUGAAACAUGAGCAUCCCCAGGUGUUCACAGAGCUGGUCCUCAGUAACAUCACCAGGCUCAUAGACCUGCCAGGGGAUGAGUUUGCCCAGCUCACAGGAGAGGCAGACCCCAGACUCCCCACAACACACACAGGCUUCCUACGCUCUCUCAACUUCCUCAAACGCAAAGAUAAAGGAGUGGUGUUUGGUGCUCCUCUGACGGAGGAGGGCAUUGCACAGAUCCACCAGCUGAUUGAAUACCUCAGCAAGAACCUCCAUGUGGAGGGGUUGUUCCGUGUGCCAGGCCACAGCCUGCGGCAGGCGGCCCUGCGAGAGAUGUUGAACGCCGGGACAGAGAUAGACCUGGAGACUGGGGACUUCCAUCCUAAUGAUGCUGCCACCCUGCUUAAAGCUUUCCUAGGAGAGCUGCCUGAACCCCUACUCACACACAGACACUACCACGCCUAUCUGAAGAUAGCAGAGCUGACCCAGUUUGAUGAGAAAGGGAACAAGACUUCAGUGCCGGAUAAGGAGCGUCAGAUCGAGGCCUUCCAGCUGCUGUUCAUGCUGCUGCCUCCAGCCAACCACAGUCUGCUCAAACUGCUCUUGGACCUGCUCUAUCACACCGCUCGCAACCAGCACAACAACAAGAUGUCUGCCAUCAACCUGGCCACCAUGGUGGCUCCACACAUCAUCUGGCCCAAACACGUGCAAGCCAGUGACCUCCAGGGGAACAUUAAGAAGCUAAACAACGCAGUGGCUUUCCUCAUCAAGCACUCACAGAAACUCUUCAGGGCUCCUGCGUAUGUCAAAGAACACGCCUGCAUGCUUUUUAAAGGAUCAAAUACCUCGCAGUUUACGGAUGGCCUGGCUCUGUGUGGUGGGGGUGCUCACCCCUCCCCCUCUAAGAGGGCUGGUGGGGCUGUGACGUGUACAGACGGGACCACCAGCAGUAACACACACACUGAGCUGGCCCUCAGAGAGCUUUACCAACAGGUCAGCAGCAUGCCUGAGUCUGCCAAGAAGAAGAAACUCAUCAGACAGUUUGCUAAGCAGGUCCCUGGGACGCCAUUGAGUGACCAACAGACACUGUACUCGAAUAGGAAACAUCGCCGCUCGCUCUCCUUUGGAGGAAUCAGGAGGAGAGCGUUAGGUACCCAGGGCCCGGUGGAGAAGGCUAGCAGUGGCCUGGUGACUCCAGGAUCCAGCAGCUCAGCAGACAGACAGGAGAAGGAGGACAGCAGCUUUGGAUGGGAUUCCUCGUCUCUUAAAAGGAUGUGCUUCUCGCCAACGCAGGAGACGUCGGUCUAGCAGUCAGCUCAGCUCAUCCACAACUUUUUCCUCUCACUCUGAAAAACAUUUCUCUAACUUGGUUUUAAAAUGAAUCUUUUAACGAACAGGGAGACACCCUGAGGUAGUUAAAGGCAAGUCAUUUACAAGCCAAGUAAUGUGUUGUCUUAAAAGCAGUAGAACCACGCUUGGCCAGUGAAUUCGUUUUCAUCUCUUCCUUGUUCUGUUUGGAAAGAGACAACAUAUGUACACCUUGGUCAUUCUGGUCAAGUAGGAGUUAGAAUGACUAGAAAAACCAGUGAGAACCAAAUUAAAACCCACAUUUUUGUGGUUUAAACUUUUGCAUUGGUUUUGAGUUAGUUACUACUGUGUAGAGCAUGCCAUGUGGGCAAACAUUGUCUCAGGUAGGUAGAAGUAAGCUGGAUCUAUAGGGAGUUUGCGCUGGUUUGUAGUAAAUUACAAAGGAUGGUCAAAUUCCGAUUGACUACACAUUUAAGCUAAGCAAAGUGUUUUGAGUGCCUUAAAAUUAUAUUAGCAAAGUAGUAAAGUUAAGGUGUGAUGCAUUAUAUUGAAUUGAAUCUUUAUUUAAGCCUGUAAGUCCCAUUGAGGUAGUUGAAUGUAUUCCAGUUGGUGUAGCUGUGGAGGCAGUAGCAUCGUCUAAUGUGUUCAGACUGAGCAGAGAUGAGUGUGAAAGAAAGAUGGAGGGAGAGAUGAGUGAGAGUGAAGUCUGGGAACAUGGUAUGUAGGGCUAUGACUGGUUUUCCUGGUCUGGUUAUGUGUUAAGGAAAACCUAGUAGAUGUGAAUGAGACCGUAGGAGUAGCUAAUGGUCUGCUGUUAUUACAACUGGUGUGAACUCACUGUUGCUUUGUUUGGGAGUGUUUCUUUAGCCACGGUCUUAAUCUGUCAACACAGAUUUUUUAUUUUUUUUCCCCCCUCUCUAUUUAAAUACUUUUUUCAUUUUUACUGUGUUUGUAUUUUUUACUUUUUUUUUUUUUGAGACUACAACCAAAAUGUCUAUUAAUGGUGGGGUUUUUUAUCCGCUUAUGUUUUAUGCAAUAUCUAUGUCCUUCUUUUUGAUACUGUUACAGAAAAGUUUUUCUAUGCAAUCUGUUACAAUAUUUGUUAUUUAAUAUCAAAUGUUUUUAUCCAUGGUAUAGCCUAUCUGCAUUGGUUCUGUUUAUAGCUAUUUUCAAAACCAGUCAGACAUUGAGUGCUAAAUCCUGACAAGAUUCAACCGUAUCUUCGCACAAAUCCUCUACCAACAUGAAUUUGUCAUUUUUACGGAAAUGUGAAUAACUUACAUCUGUUUCACGAUUUCCUUUUUCUAGUGGCAACAUUAACUUUAGAUUUCAGUGUCGGCGGCAUUUCCAUUCUACUGAUCUGACUAUUGAGCAUCAGAAUUCUGUCUGUCAAGCUGUUUAAUUGUGAAUGUGCUCCAUGUACAAUAGCAUGUCUGUCAUUAUUGGCACUACUGUGAAGCUAUGCAAAAAACUGCCAUUAAAAUACAAUGAAACAUCUUUA